UUAGAAUUUUUGUGGCGUACAAAGUAUAUACUAUUUUUGUUCCUUUAUUUAAAAAAAAAAUAUAAAUUUUAAUUGCAAAAACUAAGUAUUAAUUAGAAAAGUGGCAUUUUAAAAAUGCCACCCCAACCACACGAGCUUGUUGCUGCCAAUGCUGGUGGCUUUAUAAAGGAAGUUCCAAGAAGUAAUUCGAUCUCAUUGGCUAUGUUGAUUGAUUUCAUCAUACAAAAAACGUAUCAUGAUUUAACCGUGCUAGCAGAAUUGCUGCCGCGAAAAACUGAUAUGGAACGAAAAAUUGAAAUCUAUAAUUUUUCUGCAAGAACUCGGCAAUUAUUUAUACGACUUUUAGCUUUAGUUAAAUGGGCCAAUUCUGCUUCGAAAGUUGAUAAAUCUGCGCAUAUAAUGAGCUUUUUAGACAAGCAAUCUAUGCUUUUUAUUGAAACUGCUGACAUGUUAGCUCGCAUGUCGAGAGAAACUUUAGUUCGUGCACGUCUUCCUAAUUUUCAAAUUCCUGCUGCAAUUGAAAUAUUGACAACUGGAACUUAUAAUCGUUUGCCAGCGAUAAUAAGGGAAAAACUUGUUCCAUCGGAUCCAAUUACUGUUUUAGAAAAGAAACAAACCUUAUUAAGGUUGAAUCAAGUUAUUCGUCAUCGUUUAGUUACGAAAAAGUUAUUCCCUCAAAUGAGGAAAUUCAAAAUAAAAAGUGGUAGAGUAACAUUUCAUGUUGAUCACGAAUUUGAAGUAUCUUUGACUGUUAUGGGAGAUGGAGGAACUGUACCAUGGCGUUUGUUAGACAUUGAUAUUUUGGUAGAAGACAAGGAGACUGGAGAUGGGAAAGCAUUAAUUCAUUCUUUGCAAGUAAAUUAUAUUCACCAAUUAAUACAAUCUCGACUAGUUGAAAAUCAAAACGCUUUAGAAGAAGUAUAUAACUGUUUACAUUACUUUUGUCAAUCUUUGCAACUGGAAGUUUUAUACACUCAAACUCUUCGCUUAAUAAUGGAUAGGCUAGAUGAUAACAUAAAAAUAGAUGAAUAUGUGCCCGGAUCCAAAUUAACAGUGUCUUAUUGGAGGGAAUUAUCGAAGCAUGAUCCAAAAUCAGAGUUAGGAUACAGAUUGACAAUAUCAACGGAUCCAAAUGAAACGGCGCGACCUUUAGCGGUCAUUCAUAUACCAUCUAUAGGAGCAAAAGAAUCCUCUGAAGUAGCUGAUCGAGCUGUCCGUUCUGAUCAUCUAUCUAUGGAACGUUUAUUGGUCCACACCGUCUAUAUUCGAUCAGUAGGACGUUUAAAUGAUUUAAAAUUAGAAUUUCAAGCAUUUCUUAAAGAUGUCGACUUUCAUUUACAAGGGACGCCUGCUGUUCUAACGAUUCCAGUUUUAAACCCUUGUUUACGAGCAGAACAAAUACAUAUAACUGUUGAUACUCAUACCGGCAUGCUAAAAAGUCACGUUCCAAAGCAUUUAGACUGUCCAAUAAUGACAGAACUUCAGUCAUCUUUAAACGGUAAUCGUUCGAAAUUACCGCAGUUAGUUUCUGAAUUAAGGUUUUGGAUCACGCAUAAACGAUGUGAAAAGACACUUCAACAUCUGCCAGCAGUAGCUGUUGAAAAUCUUACUUUUUUGAAUACACCAAACAAUUCUUUAUUACAACAAGGAAGGCAAAAAAUAUUUGUUAAACUUCACCGACAUCCAAAUGUUAUUUUGGUGGUACAAUUAAAAGAAAAAGACAAUUCUCCUAGUGAAAUGGAAUAUAUAUUUCAUUUGGGAUUUAUUAAAACACUGGCAUCUGAAACUGAACAAGCCGAAGAAAAGUCAAACCGAACUCCUAACACAAGUUCAGGCGAGGUUCCAAAAAUGUAUGUUGAAAUUUUGCAAUUGAUUGAAUUGGACACUUUUGUAGCCACCCACGGACCUGGAACUUAUAUAGAAGAUUUACCCCUACAUAAAAGAAAAUCAAAUUCGGCUGAUUCAGGCCCACCCUCUAAGCAAGCUAAAACAAUCUUUCCUGCAUAUAUUAUUCCAGAGCUUGCUCAUGUUGUUGCGAUGUGUGAUGAAAAAAUUCCAUUUUUAACUCUGGCUAGAGAAUUUUCAAAACGAGGUAUACCACAUAGUGGUUUGCAAAUAGAAUCAAAUGCCACAUCACUAGUGUUAAAACUUUUGACAUUGCCAUUGCCGACAGAGUUUCCUUUGCCAGCUGAGCAAACGUCAGCUUCUCAAAAGAAUAUUCAAACGUCGAUUCCACCAAUAGAAAAACAUGUCUGGAAAGAUAUGCUUAAACGUUUACUUUCUGUGUCAAUUAGAUCUCAAAUCAAUAAGAUUAACCAAAAUCGAACAUGGAUGGUUGAAUUUGUUUUUUAUAGCACACCUCUACCAUCAACAAAUCAUAAAGAACAGGGAUGUCGAAGAACUGUUUAUUUGACAUAUGACCAGUCAACAAAUGGGUGUGCAAAAACCGUCGAUGAACUUCUUAAAGACUGGGCUAAAAUUGUGUUUUUGUAUACUUUAGUGUAUGAUUUUGCUGCUUUAUAUAAAACUGAAAAAUAUAACCUUCAUAACAUGGUAAAUAUAAAAUCUUAUAGUUAUAAGAACCUAUUAAUGAGCUAUGGUCCAAAUAAAGAAGUAAUUUGUAAUAUUUAUUGGUCUUCUCAAACUCGUGGUUUUAAAAUGACUUUUGUCGGAGGAGCUUCUGCUAUAAAUGCCCAUUCAAUGAUGAGGGAACAACUUCAAUCUCAUCUUAAUCGGCAUUAUAAUUUAGCAACUAUUGUAAACAUACUACAUGAAACUUAUCAACCACUCAGUUCCAUUGCAAAACUACCACAAAUACCACAAUUGGGUGUACCCAGACCUAAUAUUCCGGUUUUAUCAUUUUGCAUUCUUCCACAAUCCCCAACUUUACUACGUUUAGCUUAUCAAGGUUUUUAUUGUUUGGAAAUACGCUUUAGAGCUGGUGGACUAGUGUCAAUUAGAGAUGGCGCUUAUCAUCGCUUUGAUCGAAGUCAUGUUGUAGAUGAAUUCACUCCUACUCAAGGGUUAAAAGGAUUUCUAUCAAAAUAUGUUGAUGAAAACGCAGUAUAUCGUCGUCGUUCGCAGAGUGAAGAUGACAAUCCGCCAUCCCCAAUGCAAAUGGAAGAAUCACAUAACCCAGGGGGAUCUUCACCUUUCCUAAACUCAAGUAUGAGGGGUCCUCAAAGUCCACGUGAUGGAGGACUAAGGUUUCCCGCCCCUAUUACCCCACCAUCUAUAUCAAAUCCUCAUACUCCCGCAAGCCCCGCACAUCCUAUGGGGGGAGGCAGCUCAACAGGACCGGGUUCAGUUGGCGGUGGCAACCAGUCAAACCAUCCUAGCUUUAAUAGUAUGACUUCACCACCUGCACCACAUAUGCCACAUCCUUCCCCAGGAGGAGGUUUAAUGCCAGCUUCUCCAUUAAAUCCAAGUCCGAUGACAGCACAUUCUCCUGGUCCUAAUAGUUUAUCUUACAUGCAGGGUCAUACAGAUAGUCCAUUUGCAGCUAUGUCUCCAGCAACUUCAAAUUGGCCUGGUUCACCCAGUAUGCCAAGACCAUCACCACGACCUGGUCAAUCGCCAGAUAAUAAAUCUCAAGCUAUUCCCACUCCGCACUUUAAUAGAGUUCUGCCAGCAAGAUCAUGGGCUGGAGCCGUUCCAACUUUAUUAACACAUGAAGCUUUAGAGACUUUAUGUAGACCAAGUCCUCAUCCAAAUAAAGAUGUCAGUUGCGCUGAUAUGAGCCCCUUAGAAAGGUUUUUAGGUUGUGCUUUCAUUAGAAGAUUAUUACAAAGGAAUAUAAAUCAAGAAGAUGCGUUAACUGCUAUUAAUUCCAACGAGCCGGGUGUCGUACUUUUCAAAAUAAAUAACCUUCAAUAUCAGGUUCACUUGAAUCCAACCCACAUGCAAACACUACAUUUAAAAGUAAGUCCAAUUAUGCCUCCUGCACCAUCACCCGAUGGAAAACCACCUACACAGUGGAAUCCCGAGGAUAUACAAAUUUUAGAGCAAUUUUUUGAACAUAGGGUUGCUUUACCACCAUAUCGUCCGAACGCUGUUGCUGGUUUCUGUAAAGCUGUAAAUGUUCCACCAGCUGUUUUAAAAGAUUUUAUUCAAAUUAUGAGGCUUGAAUUAAUGCCUGAACUAACUCAAGGAAUGAAAUGGGCUGUGCAAUUUUGUAUGCGUGUACCACCGUCAGCGGGCCAAAUUGUUCCUAUAGGACAUCCUGCUGUAAUGUUUGGUCGACCAAAAAUAUUAUUCUUUUUACAAAUAACAAGAAUACCGUAUCCAAAUAUGGAUUGGAAAGAUAGUCCAAAUUUAGUUUUACCAAUGCUUUACGAUAUUUCUUCAAAUUUGACGCAAUUAGCUGAACGUCGUGAAGUUCUUUCAUUAAAUUCAAAUGCAGUUAAUAUGCAAUUAAGAAGAUAUGCUGAAUAUGCAGUUCAGCAUAAUCAGCAUGGUGAAUGUACAUUAUUUCCGGCCGUACGUGAUUUAUUAACGAAUUUAGUUUUACCAAAUGAUGCUCCACCUCCAGCACAAUCAAAUCAAAUAGGUGGAACAAUGGGUGGAAAUGCGAUUGCACCAUCACCCGUGCAAAUGGGAAACAGUCCUGGCCAAAUGAUUCAUUCACCAAUGCAAAUGGGUCAAGUUAGUACUGGUGCUAAUCAAGGCUAUCAAAUGGGCUCAAAUCAAGGUCCAAAUUAAUUUGUACAGAAAAAUAUUAAGACCAUUAGAAUGUUAAAAUGUUUUGAAUAUAUACAAAAAAAAUUGAAUAAUUAAAGUAUUGUUUAGAGAGAAAGUUAUUUGUAAAGCUUUAGUUUUUUACUUUGACGUAAUUUUUAUUCUUUUUAGGUUAACUUAUUAUGGAUUUUUAAAAUAAAUUUUUUUUAUUAUAGUUCUGGUGUUGUAAAAA